UCCAGCGGCAUACUCAGGGCCAGUCAAAAUCCCAAGCGAAUCAAGACAAUAAUGCGCGCAGCUCUCUCCCUUCUCGUGGCGUUCCCGGCGCUGGCGGCGGCGCGCAACGUGGUGACCAUCGGCAUGACCGGCGGAUGGAAGGCCGGCAACGUGACGGACGAGAACACGAAGGUGCUGGAGCGCGCGCUGAGCGGCGACAACUACGCCAAGUCGGUGGGCGACACGCGCGUGUGCUACUCGGAGGUGACGGCGCUGGAGACGCAGGUGGUGGCCGGCACCAACUACCGCUUCACCAUCAGCGGCUGCGGCGUCGAGGACUCGGACGGACCCUGUGACGCGGCGACGCUGGCGUCCUGUGCGCCGACGGAGUACGUGGUCAAGGUGUUCGAGCAGACGUGGACCAGCACGCUCAAGGUCACGGGCAUCACCAAGACCGAGAGCAGCAGCGCAGGCAGCAGCGGCAGUGACGAGGAGACCGUGCAGCAGGGCGCAGUGCAGAGUACGUAAACAAACGCUCUCUCUGUGUCUUGUGCGGUUCAUUCUAGGAUGGGAGAUGGCAGCAUUUUUAAGACGAAACAACAAGCCAAUUGAACUUCCUCGAUACCUACGGGC